AUGUUUACUAAAAUUGUCAGAACUGCGCCUGUGCCAUCUUCAAGACUAGCAAUUGCUAGAUCUCUAAGAAAUGGUCUCGCAACUAAAGCCACACCAACUGCAGAUCAAAUUUUGAUAUCUAAACAUGUUCAAGAUAUUGAUCCAGAAAUGCAUGAAAUAUUAACUAAUGAAAAACAAAGACAAAAACAUUCAAUUACCUUAAUUCCAUCUGAAAAUUUUACUUCCAAAUCUGUAAUGGAUUUAUUAGGUUCGGAAUUUCAAAAUAAAUACUCUGAAGGUUAUCCUGGAGCUCGUUAUUAUGGUGGUAAUCAAUUUAUUGAUCAAAUGGAAUCCUUAUGUCAGAAACGUGCUUUGGAUUUAUAUAAAUUAGAUCCUGCCAAAUGGGGAGUUAAUGUUCAACCAUUAAGUGGUGCACCAGCUAACCUUUAUACUUAUUCUGCCAUUAUGAACGUUGGAGACAGAUUAAUGGGAUUAGAUUUACCUCAUGGUGGUCAUUUGUCUCAUGGUUAUAGAUUAAACUCAGGUACGCCAAUUUCUUUCAUCUCUAAAUAUUUCCAAAGUAUGCCUUAUAGAUUGGAUUUAGAGACUGGAUUAAUUGAUUAUGAUCAAUUAUCUUUAACCUCUAAAUUAUUUAGACCAAAAGUUAUCGUUGCUGGUACUUCUGCUUACUCAAGAUUAAUCGAUUAUGAGAGAUUUGCAGAAAUUUCCAAAGAUUGCGGUGCUUACUUGAUGAGUGAUAUGGCUCAUAUUUCUGGUCUUGUCGCAGCAGGUAUUAUUCCAUCUCCAUUUGAUCAUUCAGAUAUUGUUACCACUACGACCCAUAAAUCUUUAAGAGGUCCAAGAGGUGCAAUGAUCUUUUAUAGAAAAGGUGUUAAGAAGGUCGUUAAGGGUAAAGAAGUCAUGUACGAUUUGGAUAAGAAAAUCAAUUUCUCUGUAUUCCCAGGUCAUCAAGGUGGUCCACAUAAUCAUACUAUCUCUGCACUUUCUGUAGCUUUGAAACAAGCAACAACACCAGAAUUUAUUAAAUAUCAAAAACAAAUCGUAUCCAAUUCAAAAAGUUUUGCUAAGGCAUUAGAAAAGAAUGGAUUCCAGAUGGUCUCUGGAGGUACCGAUAAUCAUUUGAUCUUAAUUGAUCUAAGAGAGACAGGUAUUGAUGGUGCUCGUUUAGAAACUUUGUUGCAAGAGGUUAACAUUGCUGCCAACAAGAAUACAAUUCCAAGUGAUAAAUCUGCAAUGUUCCCAUCUGGUUUAAGAGUAGGUACACCAGCUAUGACCACUAGAGGUUUUACUGAUGAAGAUUUUGAAAGAGUUGCUGAUUAUAUUGGUCAAGCAGUUACUUUAGCUAAACAAUUGAGGGCUAACGAGAGUCCAGAUAAUAAAGAUCAUAGAUCAAGAUUGAAUAAUUUCACGACCUUGUGUAAGGAAUCUCCAGAGGUACAAAAUUUGAGUAAAGAAAUAUAUGAUUGGGCUGGCUCGUUCCCUGUCCCAGGUGAAUUGUGA